AUGAACUCCAUCCUUAAUUACCUGCCGAAGUUUUGUAAGAUCUGUGGAGGAAUACGGGUACCACGUCUGAGGUCUCUGUCUAUUGGAGGCUCCAGUGAGAUUAGACUAGAAGCCCACCUUGGGCUGCCCUGUGUACCCUCAGGACUGGAUACUCAAGGCCUGCUGCUGGUGAUGGAGAAGGGUACACUCCUGCUGAACCCCAAAGAUAAAUGUAAUGAAACUGAAACCAGAAGUAUCAGUAAAUUAAGAAGGAAGAGGAGGAAAGCCAGAAAACGAGAUAUUGUAUCAACUGUAAUAGGAGAAAUGGAGAUAUUCAAUUCAAAAGAAAGGAUCAAGAAUCAAAUGGUGUGCCACACUUUGGAGGAUAUGAAUGAACCAGUCACAAGACCUGACUCUGUCCAGUCUAAUUUACCCCAAGAUGACAAAGCUUUCUAGGAUAAGACAGCAGUGAUAAAAUCAUCACCCUCUCAAAUAGUAGCUGACUUUCCUGGUAAUGAAUUUAACAUGAUCUCCAUUGAUACUAAUAAUACCAGGGACAAGGCUCAAAUUUCAACUUCACCUCAACUCUGCUCUAGAAUGAAGUACAUUAAACAAGAAAUGGCCAAAUAUCACAUUCAGUUUGUGCAAUUUGAAGCAACAGACCUCCAUGGUGUAUCCAGAUCUAAGACUAUUCCUGCACAUUUUUUUCAACAAAAAGUGACCCACGGUGUUCACAUGCCCCGAGGUUAUCUUGAAUUGAUACCAAGUCCUAAGGACAAUGAAGUAGAUCACAUACGAGCAACAUGUUUUAAUAGCGACAUAGUCCUGAUGCCAGAGUUAUCAACCUUUAAAGUUUUGCCUUGGGCUGAGAGAACUGCAAGAGUCAUAUGUGACACAUUCACUGUAACUGGGGAACCUCUAUUGACUUCUCCAAGGUAUAUUGCAAAGAACCAGCUGAACCAGCUGCAAGACUCUGGCUUUUCCCUGCUUUCUGCUUUCAUCUAUGACUUUUGCAUUUUUGGAGUGCCUGAAAUUAUCAAUUCAAAGACCAUAUCUUUUCCUGCUUCAGCAUUAUUAAAUAAUCACGACCAGGCCUUCAUCCAGGAACUUGUUGAUGGCUUGUAUCGCACUGGAGCCAAUGUGGAGAGUUUUUCCUCCUCUACCAGGCCUGGUCAGAUGGAAAUCUGUUUUCUGCCUAAAUUUGGCAUUAGUUCUGCAGAUAAUGCAUUUACCCUUAGAACAGGUGUCAAAGAAGUGUCAAGGAAAUAUAAUUACAUUGCCAGCUUUUUUAUUGAGAGUGUAUUUUGCAAUUCAGGUAUUUUGUCUCAUAGUCUCUGGGAUGCCAGUGGAAAGACAAACAUGUUCUGUAGUAGCUCUGGAACUGAGCAGCUCACGAUCACUGGGAAAAAAUGGUUGGUAGGUCUCUUGAAACAUUCUGCUGCUCUCAGCUGCCUGAUGGCUCCUGCUGUUAGCUGCCGAAAGCGCUACUCUAAGGAGAGUAAAGACCUGAAGGAGAGGGUACCUACAACAUGGGGAUACAAUGAUAACAGCUGUGCUUUCAAUAUCAAGUCUCACGGUGAGAAAGGCACCCGAAUAGAAAAUAAGCUGGGCUCAGCAACAGCAAAUCCUUACUUGGUGCUGGCUGCAACUGUUGCUGCAGGCUUGGAUGGACUUCAAGGCAGUGAUGGUGUAGUGGCUGGUAGGGAUGACAGUAUGGAGAUUUGUCAGUCACAGACUUCUGAAAUUCCUUUGAAACUGGAAGAUGCCCUGGUGGCACUGGAGGAGGAUCAAUGUCUGAGACAGACUCUAGGAGAGACUUUCAUUCAGUAUUUUGUUGCCAUGAAGAAAUAUGAGUUGGAAAAUGAAGAAACAGAUGCUGAGAAAAAUAAAUUCUUAGAGUAUUUUAUUUAG